ACGGGGUUUGGAUAGGCGGAGGGACCGGCAGGCCUAGCUCUGAGGCUCCGACGGCGGCGCGGGCAUGGAGCUCCUGCGGGUCCUCGAGCUGUACAGCGGCAUUGGCGGCAUGCACCACGCGCUGAGGGAAAGCUCUAUACCUGCACAAGUGGUGGCUGCCAUUGAUGUAAACACUGUCGCUAAUGAAGUAUACAAGUAUAAUUUUCCUCACACACAGUUACUGGCCAAGACAAUUGAAGGCAUUACACUGGAUGAGUUUGACAAAUUAUCUUUCAAUAUGAUUUUAAUGAGCCCUCCGUGCCAGCCGUUUACAAGAAUUGGCCUACAGGGUGAUAUGACUGAUCGAAGAACAAAUAGCUUCUUACAUAUUCUAGACAUUCUCCCAAGAUUACAAAAAUUACCGAAGUAUAUUCUUUUAGAAAAUGUUAAAGGUUUUGAAGUAUCUUCUACAAGAGACCUAUUGAUAGAAACAAUAGAAAAUUGUGGCUUUCAGUACCAAGAAUUUCUAUUAUCUCCAACCUCUCUUGGCAUUCCCAAUUCAAGGCUCCGGUAUUUCCUCAUCGCAAAGCUUCAGUCAGAGCCGUUACCUUUCCAAGCCCCGGGCCAGGUACUGAUGGAUUUUCCUAAAAUUGAAUCUGAACAUCCACAAAAACAUGCAGUAAAUGAAGAAAAUAGAAGUAAUGUAAAGAAAAUUGAGCCUAAUACUUGCUUUGAUAGAAGCCCACAGUGUUCUGGAAAAGAUACCAUUCUUUUUAAGCUUGAAACUGCAGAAGAAAUUAGCAGAAAGCAUCAACAAGACAGUGAUGUCUCUGUGCAGAUGCUAAAAGAUUUUCUUGAAGAUGACAUUGACACUGAUCAGUACUUUUUACCGCCGAAAUCAUUGCUGCGAUAUGCUCUUUUAUUAGAUAUUGUUAAGCCCACCUGCAGAAGGUCCAUGUGCUUUACCAAAGGUUAUGGAAGUUACGUAGAAGGGACCGGAUCUGUGUUACAGACUGCAGAGGAUGUACAGAUUGAGACUGUCUACAAAUCCCUUAACGAUUCGCCACACGAAGAACAGAUAACAAAAUUGUCAAUGCUUAAACUUCGAUAUUUCACUCCUAAAGAAAUAGCAAAUCUCCUUGGAUUUCCUCCAGAGUUCGGUUAGUGAAAUGGAGCUCUUCAAAGUUCUCUGGAUAUAUAUGUAUAAUACAUUUUAAAAAGAACCUUUUAAACUUCUUAAUCUUGUAAAAUAUAUGCUAUAUUUGGGUAGAUGUCUACCUCUGUGUAGCACUGUGGCACAGCUGUCCUUCACCUGUGUUCCCAACACAACUGAUUUUAGGUCAAACACAGGCAUUGUCUAGGCUGUCUGCCCACCGGCAAAGAUGGAUUUGCAUUAAUCUUUCUGUAUUUUUCGUCUUGAUUCCUUGUGACUGGCAGCAGUGUGUUGAUGAAGUAGCUGAUUUGGAAAGGCGGGGGCACUAACCUACACUUACUGCUUAAGAGCUAUUACCUUGAGCUUGUUAAUAUCUAUUUCUUUACUUUUGAUAAUUAUUAUUGUUAUUUUUAACAUAUCUGAAUUUUUAAGUCAUCCUUAAACUUAAGCAAUUAUGCAUUUUCUAUUAAUUAGUUUAGACUUUAAUACCUAUUUAUAAAGUACACACAGAUGCACAUGCAUAAACUUUAUAAAUUUGGCUUGUUUACACAGCUUUUCUCUUUUUUUAAGUGUAAUACUAUUGCAAAAGGUUGUCUCUGAACUAUUCUUUUUUUUUUUGGUACUGGGGAUUAAACUUGGGACCUUGUCCUGUGAGGCAGGUGGCGGCACCGCUGAGCUAAAUCCCCAGCCCUGUCUCUGAAAUGUUCUUUAUUAGUACUCAUUUGUAGUACAUGAAGUGUACAUUCAUCUUAUGCAUUUAGCGUAUCUCAGUUCUUUUCAUGACCCUGCUCCUCUCCAGCUGCCUUCCUCCCUCUGUCUCUAGAUUUCCUUUCCCUAUUUUCAUUACUAUUGUUAUAUGUUAUAUUGUUUUUAUGUUCAUUUUUGCAACAUAUUAUGAUUACAUUUACUGUGGAUCUCUGGAACACAUGUGUGGUGCAUCCUUAAUCUUUUUAUGUCCCCUUUAUCCUCCCUCACCCUUGGUCUCUUGCAAAAGACCUGUCUUCCUAGUACUUUUAUCAGUCUUUUAUUUUUGUCCUUUAUUUGUACUUUGCAUUACUUAUGUGAGAGAAACUGUACAUUUAAGCUUGUGUGUCUGAUUUAUUUCAAUUAAUGUUAUGUUUUCAAGGUGUAUCCGCUUUCCUACAAAUGUCUCUUCUUUUUAGCCAAGUAAUAUUCCAUUAUGUAUAGAUA